AAUCCAUUAAAGAUUAUGUAAAUUUUUAGUGUGUGAUAUGUUUUUACGGGAUAUUGAUUGUGUUUCUAAAAAUAAAUAGGUUUUAAAUUUUUUUGAAACCGUUCCCUUUUAAUUAUUUGUUUUAAAAGUUUAUCCCGAUAUUAUAAGUUUAUUUCUAUAAAUAGUUUACCGUUUUAAUUUUUAAAAAGCCUUCAUAUUUAAUUUCCUGAUAUGGAUCAGAGUAACAACUUUCCUUCAUUUUUAAAGCUUAUUGAGGAAGAUGACCCAUUAUUUUUGUUCAAAGAUGAUUGGGAUAAAAAAACUGAACCGAAAGGGAAAGCAAAUGUUCUUUGUGAUGAAAAAGUUCAAAGGAUGAUCUGAAGGGGAAAUCAAAUGUUGUUGUUGAUGAAAAUCUAACUUUAAAGAGAUGCUGAGGUUGAUCAACCUCAGAAUUAUUCCCAUCUUCUACACUACAAUCAACCGAAGAAGUUUUACAGAUAUGGAUCCAAAAAGCAGUAGUUGUUCUUUCUUGAAGUUAGUCGAUGUUCAUCAUCCUACAAAAGUGCUAAUGGCGGACAAAUUCUGGGGAUAGUUUUACGGCAGUAGUUAUAAAGGUGGACCAGCAACUCUUUAUGUCAGUGAUAGGUUUUGGAAUGUGAAGAUGGAGGCGCUGUCCGACAAAUGUGCUUUCACUGAUGGAUGGUCUAAGUUGAUUAGGGAUCUUGCAUUAGAUUCGCGGACUACUUUUAUUUUUACAAUGGCUGGAUAUGAGACUUUUGAGUUGUCCGUUUUUAAUCAUGAAACUGGUACUCAAAUGUAUUUCAAGAAGGUUGACGUUGUUGUGUUGGAUGAUCCUAUUUACGGAGAUGAUGGAUUUGAUUUACUGUUUGCGUCGGAACACAAAGAGAAGGUGAUUACCAACGAAAGUGAUGUUGAUGAAGAUGUUGGUGGUGAUAUAGUUGGUGGAUCUAUGCGCCUUUCAUCUUCCUCUGAUGCCUAUCGGUCUCAUAAUGACCCAAAAGGGAAGUCAAAGAUUGUAUUUGGUCAGGAGAGUGUAUCUCCAAAGGUUCAUCCUAAGGUCAAAUCAAAGUUUUAUGUUGGAGAUAAAGGGCUUCCGACAAAGGUUGAACGAAAAGGAAAAUCAACUGAUUUUGUUUGUGAGCAAAAUUUGUCUUCUCACGUUGUCUCUCAAUGUAAACCAAAGCCUAAGGUAUCCACAUCCUUCACAUCAACUUCUCAUAUGGGUUAUCGUACACGUUCUAAGGUUCCCAAACUUAAUGAUUGUAUGCUUCUUCAGGAAAUCACUCACGCUGAAAACAAACAAGCUAAACCAAAGUGUAAGUCAUUCAGAUCCACCAAAUCUACCGCCCUUCAUAUUGGCCGUAAAUGCUCUACAUCAAAAAAGUUCAAAAAAAUUGAUGUAAUUGAAUUCACCAAGAAAGCCGAAAGCAGACUGCGUUUACCGACUGAUGUUUCAAGCCAUCUGUGUCUUUCUCUUGACAACUUGCACCAUGUUACAGUUCAGAACGAAAAAUGUGAACUCCUUAAGUUGGGCACAAGACGCGAGAAGUCUGGGAAGGGUUUCAGGUAUGGUUUUAAAAAGUGGCCAGCUUUCUUGAAAUUGAAUUACAUCGACUUCAGCUCUACUCUUUUCUUUACGUACGUCAAGUCUUCUCAGCGUUUGAUGUUGACCAAAGUCGUAACCAAGAUCACAAAUAAAAGAGGCCGUUCGUGAAUGUUGGUUGUCAUGUUUAUGUUAGAUGGUUAAGCAUGAAUAUUAGAUGUGGUUUUAUGGUUGGUUUGUUUUGAUACUUUGCGAUAGUACUGAUGGUUUCUUAGACAAGUCUUUUGGUAAUAUGUAUAU